CAGUGACAAGUAGUGACUGUUCUGAGUUCACAUAAGCCCCAACUAGUUUUGACUUUCCCCAAAGAAUUAUCCUGGAGGGACACCACUAAGAGGUCUGGUUUAGAUGGAGGAGAAAAGUAAGGACCACCGGGUUUUGCUCAACCAAGGAGAGGAGAAUGAACUGGAGGUGUUUGGUUACCGGACCCAGAAUCUACGCAGAGCCCUCUGCCUUAUAACAUCCAUGCUGACCUGCGGGUUUCUUCUGUUGGUGUUCUAUUGGAAGCCCCAGUGGAGGGUGUGGGCCAACUGCAUUCCAUGCCCCUUGCAAGAAGCAGACACUGUUUUGCUAAAAACAACGGAUGAAUUUCAAAGAUACAUGAGGAAGAAGGUUAUAUGCAUCUACUUAUCCACACUGAAGUUUCCUAUAAGCAAGAACCCAGAAGAACCCCUGGUGGCUGACCGCCACUCUGUCAUUAACCAAGCCGUAUUGAAGCCAGAAUUAAAACUGCGAUGUAUACAAGUACAAAAAAUCAGGUACAUUUGGGACUAUUUGGAGAAGAGGUUUCAGAAAGUUGGGCUACUGGAAGAUAGCAACUCCUGCCAUGACAUCCACCACACGUUUGGACUGGGCCUGACCAGUGAAGAACAAGAGGUCAGAAGAUUAGUGUGCGGGCCCAAUGUCAUUGAGGUAGAAAUCCAGCCCAUAUGGAAGCUGCUUGUUAAACAGGUUUUAAAUCCAUUCUACUUGUUCCAAGCCUUUACCCUAACUUUGUGGCUGUCUCAAGGUUAUGUAGAAUACUCUGUGGCCAUCAUCAUCUUGUCUGUUAUCUCCAUUGUCUUAAGUGUGUAUGAUUUGCGACAGCAAUCAGUUAAGCUGCACAAGCUUGUGGAGGAUCACAACAAAGUCCAGGUUACAGUCAUCGUAAAGGGCACAGGUUUGCAGGAGCUGGAAUCCUGUCUCUUGGUUCCUGGAGAUACUCUUAUUCUUCCAGGAAAACUUUCAUUGCCAUGUGAUGCUAUUCUGAUUGAUGGAAGCUGUGUGGUGAAUGAAGGCAUGCUCACAGGAGAAAGUAUACCUGUCACGAAGACACCAUUGCCCCAUGGGGACAACACCGUUGCUUGGAAAUCCCACAGCUUGGAAGAUUAUCGGAAACAUGUCCUUUUCUGUGGGACGGAAGUUAUCCAGGUUAAGCCGUCUGGGCAGGGGCCAGUGAGAGCAGUUGUCUUGCAAACAGGUUACAAUACCGCCAAAGGGGACUUGGUAAGAUCCAUCCUCUACCCUCGGCCUCUGAACUUGAAACUGUACAACGAUGCCUUCAAGUUUAUAGUGUUCCUGGCCUGCCUUGGAGUUGUGGGUUUCUUCUAUGCUCUUGGUGUAUAUAUGUACCAUGGAGUUUCUUCAAGAGAUACUACAGCCAUGGCCCUGCUCCUCUUCACCGUAACUGUACCUCCAGUGCUGCCAGCUGCCCUGACCACAGGCAUCGUGUAUGCACAAAAGAGGCUGAAGAAAAAGAAAAUCUUCUGUAUCUCCCCACAGAGAAUCAAUACGUGUGGGCAAAUAAACCUCGUGUGCUUUGACAAAACUGGCACUCUUACAGAAGAUGGGCUGGACCUCUGGGGGACCAUCCCAACUGCUGACAAAAGUUUUCAGGAAGUCCAUAGCUUUGCCUCAGGCAAGGCUUUGCCGUGGAGCCCACUGUGUGCUGCCAUGGCCAGCUGCCACUCUCUGAUCCUUCUCAAUGGGAUCAUCCAGGGAGACCCACUGGACCUCAAAAUGUUUGAGGGCACUGCCUGGAUAAUGGAAGAUUGCAAUGCAGACUACUACAAAUUUGGGAUGUCAGAUUCAAACAUCAUAAUAAAACCAGGACCAAAAUCCAGUUGGAGUCCUGUGGAAGCCAUAGCCAUCCUGCGUCAGUUUCCGUUUUCCUCAAGUCUGCAGAGGAUGUCUGUGGUUGCUCAGAUGGCAGGGGAGGAUCACUUCCAUGUCUACAUGAAGGGUGCCCCAGAGAUGCUGGCCAAGUUCUGCAAGCCUGAAACAGUACCCAAGGAUUUCCCACAGAAACUGAGGAAUUAUACAGUACAAGGCUUCCGUGUCAUUGCCCUUGCCCAUAAAGACUUGAAGAUGAAGAAGCUUUCAGAAGUACAGAAAUUAGCCCGAGAGAAGGCAGAGUCAGAGUUGACAUUUCUGGGACUUCUCAUAAUGGAGAAUCGCUUGAAAAAGGAAACCAAACCAGUCUUGAAGGAACUGAGUGAAGCCCGCAUCAGGACGGUGAUGAUUACUGGUGACAACCUUCAAACAGCCAUUACUGUGGCAAAGAAUUCUGAAAUGAUUCCUAGAGGAAGCCAAGUGAUCCUUGUCGAAGCCAAUGAACCAGAAGAUUUUCUUCCUGCCUCUGUGACUUGGCAGCUGGUCGAGAACCAAGAGAAUGGACUGCAGAAGAGUUUAGCCUAUACAGUUGACAAACUGUUCAUUUCGCAAAUGAGAAAACUGAGGCCCAGCAAGGAAACCUACCUUAACAUUGGGAACAGUUCAGUGCCUGAUGGAGCAAGAGGGAGCUGUUACCAUUUUGCAAUGAGUGGGAAGUCAUACCAAGUGAUAUUUCAGCAUUUCAACAGCUUGCUUCCAAAAAUGCUGGUGAAUGGAACCAUUUUUGCAAGAAUGUCUCCUGGACAGAAAUCUAGUCUUGUUGAAGAAUUUCAAAAAUUAAAUUACUAUGUGGCCAUGUGUGGAGAUGGGGCUAAUGACUGUGGGGCUUUGAAAAUGGCUCAUGUGGGCAUUUCACUGUCAGAGCAGGAGGCAUCUGUGGCCUCCCAUUUCACCUCAAAAACAGCCAACAUCGAGUGCGUGCCUCAGCUCAUCAAAGAAGGCCGAGCUGCUCUGGUUUCAUCCUUUGGGGUAUUUAAAUACUUGACCAUGUAUGGCAUAAUCCAGUUUAUUGGUACAUCACUGCUCUAUUGGCAACUACAGCUCUUUGGGAAUUACCAGUAUCUCAUGCAAGAUGUAGCCAUUACCUUGAUGGUCUGCUUAACAAUGAGUUCAACUCAUGCCUACCCAAACCUGGCUCCUUACCGACCAGCAGGACAGCUCCUCUCUCCACCUUUGCUGCUCUCAGUCUUUUUGAACACCUGUUUCACCUGCAUUGUGCAAAUCUGUGCAUUUCUCUAUGUGAAGCAGCAGCCCUGGUAUUGUGAGGUCUACAGAUACAGUAAGUGCUUUCUCGACAACCAAAGUAAUUACUCAAUGAAUGUGAGUUUGGAGAGAAAUGGGACUGGAAAUGCAACUCUGAUUCCUGGUUCAACUUUAAGUUUUGAGAGUACCACACUGUGGCCCAUUACCACCAUCAACUGCAUCAUGGUGGCAUUUAUCUUUUCUAAGGGAAAGCCAUUUCGAAAACCCAUCUACACAAACUAUAUAUUUUCAUUUCUGCUGAUGUCUGCCUUGGGCCUCACAGUUUUCAUUCUGUUUUCGGACUUUCAAGAUAUAUACCAUGGAAUGGAGCUCAUCCCAACCCUGACAUCAUGGAGGGUUUCAAUUUUGGUGGUAGUCUUCACCCAAUUCUGUGUGGCCUUCUUUGUAGAGGAUGUCAUCCUUCAAAACCGAAGGCUCUGGCUAUGGAUCAAAAAAGAAUUUGGAUUCUCUUCUAAAAGUCAAUAUAAGAACUGGCAAAAAAAGCUGGCAGAAGACUCCACCUGGCCUCCCACACACAGAACAGACUAUUCAGGUAAUGGCAAAAAUGGAUUCUAUAUCAAUCUCAGCUUUGAGGACCCUGAACAGAUUCCAAGAGCAAAAGUCGAAUUGGGAGAUCAAACCACAGAACAGCAUUUUUGGACGAGGCUGUAAUCAGAAUCAUUGUUGUACAUGCUUCACACCAUCUCCUUAUUCCCUGAAACUAAACCCAUUUGGAGAAGUGAUGAUAGUCUAUCCUUAACCUUUCUCUCUCCAUCAGAGGGUUCAAAGUGCAUUAUCAAUGUAUUGAACCUUGCAAAAGAGAACCUUAGGGGCGCCUGGGUGGCUCAGCUGGUUAAACCACUGCCUUCAGCUCAGGUCAUGAUCCCAGGGUCUUGGGAUCGAGCCCCAC